UGCUGGAUUGGAACCCGAGUUUAAAAAUACAAGUGAUAGUAAUUUAGAUGAUGAUGAUGCCAAGUUCUCCAGCAACUCUAUUCCUAUCGAAUCUCCGACGAGCCUAGAUAAUCAUGGUUGGGGCUCGAAUGAUCAAAAUGGUGGUGAUUUGUCGAAAACUGCUGCUGAAUUUGAACCCGAGUUUAAAAAUACAAGUAACAAUAAUUUAGAUGAUGAUGAUGCCAAUUUCGCCAAUACCUCUAUUCAUAUCGAAUCUCCGACGAGCCUAGAUAAUCAUGGUUGGGGCUCGAAUUAUCAAAACGGUGGAGAUUAUUGGUUGAAAAUUGCUGCCGAAUUUGAAUCAGAGCUUAAAAAUACAAGUGAUAACAAUCUAGAUAAUAAAAAUGAUGAAGGUUAUUGGGGCGCAAAAAAUAGAAGUAAUAGAUCUGAUAGCACUAAAAGAAACUAUAAUAAUAAUUAUAGUCAAGGUGAUAACAAUAGAAGAAGUAAUUCUGAUACCACCAAAAGAAACAAUGGUAAUAAUUAUCGACAAGAUGAUCACAAUAGAAGAAGUAAUUCUGAUAGAACCAAUAGUAAUAAUUACCAUCAAGAUGAUCACAAUAGAAUAAAUAAUUCUGACAGCACCAAAAGAAACUAUAAUAACAACUAUAGUCAAGAUGAUAACAAUAGAAGAGGUAGUUCUGAUAGAAACUAUAAUAAUAACUACAGUCAAGGUGAUAACAAUAGAAGAUGUAGUUCUGACAGCACCAAAAGAAACUAUAAUUAUAACUAUGGUCAAGAUGUCAGAAGAAAGAGUAGUCAAGAAAAUUUUUGUGGCAAUUGUAAACAAGUAGGUCAUUCAUCUUUUGAAUGUCCAGAAAACGAAAAAAAAGCAAAAAUGGCUUGGGAUAAAUUGUUAGCUGCAGACGCGAAAAAAGAUCUUGAAGAAGUCAAUGAAGCUUUUGAAAUAUAUACCAAGGCAGCACCCCACGAGACUUUUCAAUCUAUUGAAAUGAAAUUAAAAAACGUAAAGAGUAAUUGUAGAAUGAUAGCAAUUGAAAGAGAAGGAAUUCCUUUAACCAAAUGUAUAGCCGAUCUUCAGGGAAACAAAGGAAAGAAAUAUGUUGCAUCUUUGAUAAUGAUCCCGCCACAUACCCUUCCGCGAUCUGCUGGUAUUAGAGCACAGAGUGAACAAGAAAAUUUCGAUUGGUUGGCAGAUGCUGGACAAUUAGUUGAUGAUUUUUCUGCUCCAAUUUGUUUUAAUUGUAGGCAACGAGGUCAUCUCACUCGUGAAUGCACUCAACCAAAGCCUAUAUUAAAUAAUAGGUGUAAAAAUUGUGGAUCAAUUGAACACAGCACUAGGUUCUGCAAAAAUGAAAAUCGUAGUGAUGAUAAUCAACCUAAUAAUGAUAUACAUGAACGUAAUUUUGAUAAUGAAAAUAAUCACAAUAAUAAUAGAUCAUCACAUAUAAAAUGUUUCAAAUACGGAUCCACCGAUCAUAAUACUCGUAGCUGUACUCGUACUCGCGAAGGAAAAGAUUCACAACGGCAACAACAACUAGAUUUCGUAGGAGAAGGAGACCAUUACGGAUAUGGUCAUAAUAACAAUGAAUAUAACAAUGCUUUUGGUAGAUUCUUUGGAAUAAAAUGUUAUACAUGUGGAUCCCAUGAUCAUCAUACUCGUUAUUGUACUCGUCGUGGCGGAGUAGACUUACAAGAGCCACAAAAACCAAAUGGAGGACGCAAUAACAAUGAAGACGUUACUUUUGAUGAUCCUAACGAUAAUAACAACAAUAAUAGCCUAUUCAAUAAAGAAUGUUUCAAAUGUGGAUCUUCUAGGCAUAUUGCUCAGUAUUGUACUCACAAUUCAGAAGAUUCGCAACAACAACAAACACCGACAUUUGUAGGAGGAGGAAGAGACCGUCACAGAGAUAGUCGUGAUGGAGAAAAUAAUAGCUUUGGUAAAUUAUAUAAUAAUAAUAAUAGCCUAUUUAAUAAAAGAUGCUGCUUCAAAUGUGGGUCUCCAGAACAUCUUUCUCGAUAUUGCACUGACUCACCACCACAUAAACAACAAAUACCAAGAGAUCGGUAUAGAGAUAAUAAUAAUCGAUUUGAAGGUCAUGGAACAAAAAGAUGUUUUAAAUGUGGAUCGUCUGAACAUCUUGCUAAUUAUU